AUGCCCUCCGCUUACAAGAGUAAGGGCAAAGGUCGCGAUGCGCGCCCGGCGCGUAGUCGCAACACAACCCCCUCAAAUGCGGGCGGUAUCCCUGCUGUUGCAGCGCCGCCGAUUCCAAGCUACCUCGAGAACGAUGUUACGAAGCUCAUUGAUCUGGCCAAUGGCCAAUACACUGAUUUACUCGACCUCGUGGCCGGCCCAAACAUUCCCGAUUCGAAGACCCUGGAGACCCUUGUGGAAUACCUGAAAAGCCUCAGUGACAUGGCAGAUGCCCGCGGAGAGGCUUGCAAUGCCGGGAUGCGGGAGAUGUCUCAGAAGAGGAAGGAAGUUAUGGAUGAUCAGGAGAUUAACCGCGAAGUUAGCGAACGUGCCAAGUUGAAGCGGGAGACCGAAGACGACGAUGAUUUGGUACACAAAGCGAAGCUGAAGAAGCGGAAAGAACGGUCAAGCACGAAAGAGGAACGGCCCUUGAGCCAUGGAGCCCACGAUCUCGCCCGGCAGGAUGGUGCUGAGACUAAGGUUGAGGGAGCGGCUUCUCCAGUUUCCAAGCACGCAAAGAACGCAGGCUCCGACGGUAGCUCCUCACUUUCACCUCCAUCCAUGCUGUCUCCCAAUGGCGCUGCUACCGGGGCCGACGGCGCAGCUGCUCCUGGCUCCCCCGACUCGGGGUCUAGCUCGGACUCUCACCAGCCCGAACCCCAGCCAGCUGUACCUCAAAUUCAGGUCUUUGGCGACAACCCGCUCAAAUUUGACGAUCCCACCGUCUACCACAUUCGCGACAUCACACCGGACAUGGGGGAUGAUGAAAAGAAGGAGAUCUACAGUGUGGCCAGCUUCCCCAAGAGCGAUCUCGCCCACAUGAUGGCCGGUGUGCCCCCGGACAAGGACUUCAGCAACGCCAAGCCAUCAAACCAGGUCAGCGCCAACACUUUCCAGACUUGGAUUGAGCCGUAUGUGCGAGCUCUUACUGAGGAGGAUAUCGCGUGGCUGAAGGAAAGAGGCGACCGUUCGAAUCCAUUCAUCAUCCCCCGUCGUGGAAAGAAGAGCUAUCGUCAGAUCUGGGCAGAGGAAGACGGGGUCUCUUAUGACCCCAAUCAGGACGAAAAGGACCAGCUCCCGUUAAACCAAGGUCGCGGCAAUAUCGACCAGUUGACUGACGACAAGACCGAAACCAACGAAGUCUCGAUCGGACCCUUGCUCAGUCGCCUAGUCUCUCUUCUCCGUUAUGAACACCGCACUCUUCCCGAUGACAGUAAUGGCUCCACUAAUGGCGAUUUGCCUGCCACCGAUGGUCUGAAUGGGGAUGCGAUGGAGAUCGACCAACCAAAUGGCAACCUGGAGACCAAAUCUUCCUCGGAGAACAAGCCCCUACCCGCGGCUACUACUUUCCGAGACGCUUCGCCAACUGGCUUCAAGACUUCUGUUGCCAAACUCGACCACGCCCAACUUGACGAGCGCGCCAAGGCAGAGCUACGAUACAUCGGAUUCCUUGGGGCCGAUGACAACCCCGAUUAUGACGCGCAUUACGAUGAUGAAGUAGCGGAGCGCCUGCGUCUCCUGCAAGGCGAGCUUAAGAAGCAGAUUAUCACCAACAAUGCGCGCAAAGCACGCAUUUUGAAGAUUGCCCAGGAGCACAUGGCUCUUCUUGAAUUCACCACCAUCCAAGAUGAUCUGGACUCUCAGGUCCAGCAAGCUUAUCUUAAGCGUACUCGUACCAUGGGCAAGAGCAAAAAGGGCUCCCAGGCCAAGCACCGUCCCGGUGCUGGUGGUGUUGCUGCAGGCGUUUCCCGCCCAGCCGUCGGUGAUGCCGCUAAGAUCGUCAUGGAUCGACGGAAGCGCUGGAACGAGGCCUUCCUGCCCAUCUUCGAGGAUAUCAAGACCACCAUUCCGUCCGAGAACGAAACAAUUUUCGAUCCCGCUACCAUGGCCGAGUACGAGAAGGCCGAAUUGGAAGCUUGGGACGAGGAGUAA